UGCAAGUCAUAGCAAUCGCCACGAACUUUCAAAACUAAGUCUAAAUUAUUUUUCGAAUCAUUAAUAAAUAUCCAAUUUGCAAUGAUUUCGAUUGCUCAGUGGCUGACUUCCUUUUCAGCCGGAGCUUUGGCCUCUGCACAGGCGAUACGUUUUCUAAAAACUGCCAACGAGGAGGAGUCGCCUGCCAAAAUUUCAAACCAGCUGGAAACCGCGGCUAUCGAUGGACUGGCCACCGAGCAACCGAAGAUCCUGGGCUCCGAACGGAUCAGCAAUGUCCUGCAGCACGUGCUGAGCAGCGAGCGCAACGCGAGUGGCGUCUACUUGGACGCCAUGCACAACCGCAGUGCAAACAAGCAGGAGUACGCCCUGGGCUCCGAGUCGCUCAACCAAAUGCUGGAGGACAUCAUGACCCCCGCUGGGAGCAUGAGCAGCAGGUCCUUGUCCGUGGAGCCCGCCGUCGAUGUUUAGGAGCUCCCCAAGCGACAAGCCGCAUGAAAUGCACGUCUCUUCUUCUACACCUAGUUAAGCUAAUACAAAGUAAAACUUUCUUUCUUCUUUAGCAUGAACCAAAUGAGCUUGUUAGAUAUAUAGGCUAACGUGGUCUAAUAUGCUCAUCUUCUUAUCCUUGCCAGUAAAAUGUAAUCCCACUUUAAA